AUGAACUUUAAAGAGCUGACUGACACUUUUUCACUUUGGGCUUUUACUUUAAAUGUACGCGUGACUUUUAUCGUCUUUUUAAUUCUGGUCACCUACUUUCCUGUUGACGGUCAGCCGCAGGUGAUUGGUUCACCUCAGCCAGUCUUGGGUGCUCUGGGUGAUGAUGUAAUUCUGCCGUGUCAUGUGGAGCCUCGGCUCAACUUGGAGAAGCUGACGGUGGAGUGGUGGAGGCCCGAUGUCCCGCCUGAUCCUGGAGACCCGCUGAGUGAGUACAAGUAUGUCCACCGCUACCAUGACAACCACGAUGAGGAGGGCAUGAAGAUGUCAUUGUACGCUGGGAGGACGACGUUGUUCACAGACAGCCUGAAACACGGCAAUAUGUCUCUCAAGAUCCUGAAGGUGAAGCUCUCUGACCAGGGAAGGUACAGAUGUUUCCUCCCGCAGUUACAGAGCCGAGUGAGGGCGACAGUGAUCAAGUUCAUUGUUGAAACAAAGCAUGUUGAAAUCAGGACAACAGAGACGCCAACCCAUCCCACAAUCAUUCAAACCCCACAAUCGAAGAACGAGACGGCCAUUACAGGUGGUCGGCCCUGUCCACGCAGACUGAUCCCACCUGUGCUUUUCUGUGUCUUGCUAAUAAUCGGAGGUGGAUAUUACAUCAAAUGGAAGUGUCACAAACAAGAUUUUACAGAGUGUGACAUUCCAGACAAACUCCUUCCACUUUAGAGGCCUUGCUCAAGAGCACCCCGGCAAAUACUGUUAAUGGAGAUGAGUGUCACACAUGUUCCUCUCCUGGAUCUCCUUGGUAAGUUUUAGGAUUCAAACCAACAACCCUUGCAGCCACAGUUGGACACAGAAGAAGCAAGGUUUUCAGCUUUGAAUGACCCU